AAUAUCUAAUUUUAUAUCAUGCAAAUUCAGUCUGAGUACACAUUUAAUUUUGAUUGGGAGACUGUUGUUAAAGGAUUUUGGAGAAAAUAUCCUUGUAAAGAAUUCGAUUUUAUCAAAUUCAAUCAAGUCGUCGAUAUGAUGCUUAAUGAUAAUAAUACUAUGUCUAUUAAGAGAAUAGUACACUCUAUUAAAUCUAUACUUAGGUCUAUGCUCGCAAAUUUAUGGUUUGGUGCUUGACUUUAGAAGAGAUUACUUUUGACAUUGAAAAUAGGAGUAUGCAGAUGCAAACAAAAUUAUUGAAAGCUUGUAAGUAUUAUCCAAACCUUUCAGGAGAUGAAUCAAUCAUUUAUAAAGCAAUAGACGAUUAAAAAACACAUUAUUCUGUAUAUAAGCUUAAUUUAUAUAGAAACUAUUGUCAAAUUUUCAUUAAACCUUUGUUACUAAAUUGUUGUCUCAAUUCAAUAGCUCUUUUAAAAAAGGGAUUGAGGUUGUCGAAGCUAGAUGUAGAGAACUUUAAAACAAUUAAUGACGAUAAAUAAAUUUUUAACUAUUAAU